ACACACAUAGUAUGGAAAAAUUUCUUGACAUGUUGUGAUUGUGUUGAGUCGCGUUCCCACCCCGUAUUAAUGUCGAUAUUUUGCUUUGAAUGUAAAACUCGUUGAUAUCUCGUUUUCUCUAUUUGCAUUUGCAUUGAUAACAUACAUUUGAAAAACUAAAUUAAACAGAUGAAUUGUUAUUGUCAAGUUUGACAUUCACAUUGCAGUUCGAUUUUAUCGAAACUUGUUUGAGAACGUGUUUCAUUUGUUUACGCAAAGGAAUCAUGAACAUGGAGUGGACGAAAGCCGAAACAAUAAAAUUCAUAAAUCUGUUACAAGGAUUCCCAUGUUUAUGGAAUAGUCAAAACAAAGAUUUUAAAAACCGACAGAAACGUCGUGAAGCUUUAGACUUUAUAGCCCAAGAAUCAAAUACAGACACAAGAGCAGUGGAAAAAAAAAUGGUAUCUCUAAGAACUCAAUACAAUAGAGAGAUAAAUAAAAUUAAAACGAAGACACAUGCCGGCUAUGAACAGCCAACUUCCAGUUGGUAUGCUUACGAUCUUCUGCACUUUUUAAAAGAUAACAGCAGUCCCAAACCUGCUAAAGAUUCGCUUACAAUAACAUACACUCCAAAUAAAAAGGAUGAAUAUGGGGAUCCUUAUGAUUCCAGCUCAAAUCUAUCACCAACAAACACACAACAGCCACCGCUAUCAAGAAGAUCUAAGAUGAGAAAUAGCGUAAACCAAAUGAAAACUUUAAAUUUAUUAAACCAUGCAUCAAAUGCAAUAAUAAAUAGGCAGAAAAAAGAUGAGUUUUCAAUAUUUGGAGAAGCAGUUGCAAGUGAACUACGAGAUAUAAAAUCGAGAAAAGAAGUUAUAGAGUUGAAAAAAAAUAUAAUGGAUAUGAUUUAUAUAACAAAGAUGAACAUAUUGGAUACAGAAAAGUCUACUCCGACAUCACCGCCUACAAACUCAGAAGCAAAUAUAAAUGAAAAAGAAAAUACAUCUGGUAGUUCUGAUAUCCAUUCAAUUUUAGGAAAGGUCGAGGUCGCUAUGGAUGGAGAAUGGAUGAAUGGAGACUCAUGAUUUUUUUAAUUUGUUAUGGUUCAUGUGGCAUUUGAAUCCAGUAGGUAAUGGCAGUGUUGUAGAAUUUCUUUAAGAAAAAAAAUUGUCAGGAAAAAUAGAAAAGGUUCAGAAUUAGUUCAAUAGGUUGUUUUUAAGUUUUUUUUUUUGAGUAGAGGGCUUUUUUUUCGUUUACUGCUAUAAAUGAAUUGGCGUAGAUUAAAAAGAAGCAAGAUUUGGUCGAAAGAUGUUGCUUACUCGUCUUUUAAAAUGUUUUAUUUUGUUAUAGAAUAAUUUUUCAUUUAAUAAGAUUAUUGUUUUUACCCGA